AUGGCGUCCACUCUGGCUCCCGUGACGGCAGAAAGCAGGCCGGCGUUCUCCAUCGAUCGGAUUCUGGGUUUGGAGCUGGAAAGACCUGGAACCUGCCUGAAACUCCACCGACCCUGGACAGAAAUCGGAGCAGAGAAGGAGAACAGAGGAAACGGUGUGUGCUCACAACAACAACAACAACAACAACAACAACAACAACAACAACAACAACAUUAUCAACAACAGCAACAGCAUCAUCAUCCUCAGCAGCAGAACUCUCCCAGGCCGACAUCAAACUGGUACAUCGGACGCAGACCUCGCACCGCCUUCACCAACAGCCAGGUGAACGUUCUGGAGACGGUGUUUCAGGUGAACUGUUAUCCGGGUAUCCAGCUGAGGGAGCAGCUGGCGGCGAGACUCGACCUGGACGAGGACAGAAUACAGAUCUGGUUUCAGAACCGGCGGGCCAAGCUGAGACGUUCCCUCAGAGAAACCCGGCUGCAGCUGGUUCAGACGGCCGUGGCCGACCUCGGGGUCAGAGGUCGAGUGAAGGCCGAGCGGGACGUGGGAGGUGACCCGGAGCUCGCCUCUCGUCUGCAGCUUAAAGUGGAAAAAGAGGAAGAGAGAUGCUGA